AGCUUGGCAAAGCGUAGAUCCGAGCCAGACGAUAAUGUUUUUUUGGGGACAAAUAAAGUUGGUUUCCUUAUUUUCUAAUAUUAUCUUCCACAUGAUCACACCAAUACACACAUAAACACAUAGUAUAGUCCAUAGUAUGUGUAUAUAUAUAUAAACAUUUAUUCUGCAAACCAUCAACAUAACUAAGGUUCAUAUUCUCUGGACAAAACCCUCAAUCAGACAAAACAAGAUUGAACAUGGAAGAUCAGUUUCCUAAAUUGGAACCUCGCUUCAUGCAUGAAAAGCUCCUGUCUUCCGGAUUAUAUGGGUUCUUGAGUUCCUCGACGCCACCGCAACUUCUCGGUGUUCCAAUAAUCUUGGAAGGCAUGAUAUCGCCUACUCUUUCUUCGUCUCAAAGCUACAUGGCGUCUCUUAAUGAGCUCACAUCUUCUAUUCAUCAUCAACAAUCUCCGGUAGCUUCUGUUCCUUGGAACUUUCUAGAUUCUUUUCCUCAAUCUCAACGUCCUGAUGAUAUUCAUCAUCCUUCUAAACCCCCAAACCUUUCCUUGUUCCUCAAAGAACCAAAGCUUUUAGAACUUUCUCAAUCCAAUAGUAACAUGAUGCCUUACCAUAACUAUACCCCGAACUCUCUCCAUCAUGAGUCGGAUCAAACCAGAAGCGAUCAGUGGGUCGAUAUUAAUAAAGCCCUUACAAACUAUCCUUCAAAAGGGUUUGGAAACUAUUGGCUAAGCACCACCAAGACUCAGCCUAUGAAGCUUGCGUCAGGGACAAGAACCAAAAAGGUUGUUCAGACGACAACACCAACGAAGCUGUAUAGAGGAGUGAGACAAAGACACUGGGGGAAAUGGGUGGCGGAGAUUAGGCUUCCAAGGAAUAGAACUCGUGUUUGGCUCGGAACUUUUGAGACCGCUGAGCAAGCCGCAAUGGCUUACGAUACUGCAGCUGAUAUCCUACGUGGCGAGUACGCACACCUCAACUUUCCCGACCAAAAACACCAGCUUAAGUCUGGUCCCUUGCGAUGCAUGAUCGCCUCGCUUUUGGAUUCGAAGAUACAACAAAUCUCCGCUUCCUCCCAAGUAAUAAGUUCUGGUAACUCUCCUUCUCCUUCUUCUCCUAAAGUGGCCGGAACAUUGGAGCCCAAGAAUAACAUCAAGACGGAGUCGGGAGAAGUUGUGAUGAUGAAGAAACAGAAAAUCAAUAAGGAAGUGAUGGAAGGAGAUGGUGUACAACUGAGUAGAAUGCCUUCAUUGGAUAUUGAUCUCAUUUGGGAUGCUCUCUCCCUUCCUUAAUUCUUCUUGACUUCAAAUUAAUGUCACAAGCUUAAUUUUUUUGUCAACAAUGUCACAAGCUUCAUUACUUCUAUCUCUUCUUUUUAUGUCAAAGCAAGAAAUUCAUAUUUUGAUGCCAAGAUUCAAGAUUGGUUCGCAUUCGGGGUUGAACACAUUGUAUUUCUUCUCACAACCACAUGAUUAAGUGGUUCUCCUUUUUUUGUUUGCUAAUUAAAUGUUCUUUUCUA